UUUUAAUUAAACAAUCAAAAAAUAAACAAUGGAUAACAAGACUAGUGAUUUCUUAAAGAGAUUUAAAGGAAAGAUCUCUAAGAUCGACAAAAAUGGCCAUGCUGGUGUUGCUCUUAAGAGUUUUAAACCCAUUCGUAAAAAUCGGAGGAGACUGAAGGAGGAGAGCAUCCCUGAGAGAAGACUCUCCCAAUGUGUUCAGAACAGACGGAACAAAAGCCUCGGGCUUAUUAAAGCUGGACUGGAGAAACACAAAAUUUUUCAAGAGAAUUUGGCUAAAAAUAGUGGUAAAAUCAAUGAUUACGGAAGGAACAAAGAGAAUUCAUUAACACCUGAUUAUACAAGAAAGUCAGCUAAAGCAUCCAUCUCACAGAUGAGAAGCCAAAUUAAUGAAUCUCAAUCAACUCGUAAACCGAUUCAUAGGAGGAUUAAUUUGGGCGAGAUUGGCAGUAUGAGCCUGAAAAGCAUUAGAGAGAAAGGGACAUCGUACAGUACGACUAAGACACUGGGUGUCAACCAUAACACCAGCACUCUGACCGGCCAACAAAAUAUAAAAUUGAGCAAGAAGGUGAAACUAUAUGGUAAUAUCCAACCAAAAACCGAGUUAAUGAGAGAGAAAGCUAUUAAGAAUAUAAGAGGGUUUAGGAGAUCUUUAAAACUCUCCAACUCUAUAGCAGGAAAUCAUUUAGAUUCCACUAAUUGCUCAGACAAUACUGGAGACUACGCAAUCUACAAGGUCACUUAUGACAAGAACUCCACUACUGUAACAGAAAUGGAUGAUUUUGGUAUAAGCCUGACUGAGGCUCAUGGUACUUUAAAUCCUUUAAUGAGAAAAAGCCAAUCGAUUUCUUGCACAAAUAGACGCCGAAAUCCCCGCCAUAACCCUGAAAACUCAGAAAUUUUACCUUUAAUCCAUAAAUUCAGAAGGGCUAUGAACUCUCCUCGACUCGGAGGUGACAGUGAGACUUUAAGACUUGGUCGGAAUUUGACUAUUUUAUCAUAA